GGAGGAAAUUUUUUUGUUUGUUUUCGUGGCUAGUUAGCCCGUGAAAUAGUUGGUCUUCGCCAACGCCAUUGUGGUAGAAAUAUUACACUCGACGAAUGAAACCUAUGAACGAGUUAGACUUUCGGUAAAUGUUAAUCUCUGUGGAAAUAGUGAACGACGAAGCGUUUCGGAGCAAGUUAGCUGGUAAGCUAGCGCGAAGUUGAUGGUCGUCCAUUAGCAUAUAUGCUAGUUCGCUAGCUGGGUAAACGGAAGGGAAUUAACAGAAAAAUAAUACAUUUAGUUGGUUAAGUUGCAUACCCGGCAACAGUCUCCACUGUGACAAGCUCUACUUCGACUGAAAUUUGCGGUUGAGCAACAUCGGAUCAACUCUGAUCUCACAUUGACCUCUCCUGGAUAAAGGUUAUAAGAGGAAAACCCAAGAUUGUAAAGAGCACUAUGUCAAUCACUAACACUCCCACAAGCAAUGAUGCCUGCUUGAGCAUUGUGCACAGCCUUAUGUGCCAUCGGCAGGGAGGAGAGAGCGAAAGCUUUGCUAAGCGUGCAAUCGAGAGUUUAGUCAAGAAGCUGAAGGAGAAAAAGGAUGAGCUGGAUUCUCUCAUCACAGCCAUCACCACUAAUGGGGCACAUCCAAGCAAAUGCGUCACCAUACAGCGAACGUUGGAUGGACGCUUGCAGGUUGCAGGUCGUAAAGGUUUUCCACAUGUUGUGUAUGCCAGAUUGUGGCGAUGGCCUGAUCUACACAAGAACGAGUUAAAACAUGUGAAAUACUGCCAGUAUGCCUUCGACCUGAAAUGCGACAGUGUUUGUGUCAACCCGUACCACUAUGAGAGGGUUGUUUCUCCAGGAAUCGACUUAUCAACACUCACCAUUUCAAAUUCAGGUCCGCUCAUUGUAAAAGAUGAGUUUGACUAUGAUAACCAACAGUCUCACUCCAGCUCCGAGAGUCACCUGCAGACAAUCCAGCAUCCACCAUCAAGACCAGUUCCCCCGGAGACGUUCAGCAGCCCCGCUUUGCUGCCUCCGUCGGAUGGCAGCAGCUCAGCCUCCACAUCUGCUUUCUCAGCUAUUAGUGCUGGACCUUCAAAUCCUGCCCCAAACUGGAGCAGGAAUGGCAGCUUUUCUGCAGCGGUGCCUCAACACCAGAAUGGGCACCUACAGCAUCAUCCACCCAUGCCUCACACAGGACAUUACUGGCCUGUUGCCAGUGAAAUUUCAUUCCAGCCACCCAUCUCCAAUCAUCCAGCUCCAGAAUACUGGUGCUCCAUAGCUUACUUUGAGAUGGAUGUUCAAGUUGGGGAGACAUUUAAGGUUCCAUCCACAUGUCCUGUUGUAACUGUGGACGGUUAUGUGGAUCCAUCUGGAGGCGAUCGCUUCUGCCUGGGACAACUGAGUAAUGUCCACAGGACAGAAAAUAUAGAGAGAGCCAGGCUCCACAUUGGCAAAGGCGUGCAGCUGGAGUGCAAAGGUGAAGGAGAUGUGUGGGUGCGCUGCUUAAGUGAUCACGCCGUCUUUGUGCAGAGCUACUAUCUGGACCGAGAAGCUGGACGUGCCCCGGGGGACGCCGUUCACAAGAUCUACCCCAGCGCAUACAUCAAGGUGUUUGACUUGCGUCAGUGCCACAGGCAGAUGCAGCAGCAGGCGGCGACGGCUCAGGCAGCUGCUGCAGCACAGGCAGCUGCUGUGGCUGGGAACAUUCCAGGACCUGGCUCUGUGGGAGGCAUCGCCCCCGCCAUCAGUUUGUCUGCCGCUGCAGGCAUCGGGGUGGAUGACCUGCGCAGGUUGUGCAUUCUGCGUAUGAGCUUCGUGAAGGGUUGGGGGCCGGAUUACCCACGGCAGAGCAUCAAGGAAACCCCCUGCUGGAUCGAGAUCCAUUUACACCGAGCUCUGCAGCUACUAGAUGAGGUCCUGCACACUAUGCCCAUUGCUGACCCCCAGCCUCUCGACUGAAUAUAUAGAUAUAAACUGUACAGAAGAGAAGAGGCGAGGGAGGGGCGUAUAUCUGGCUGUAAUUUAACAGACAACUCCACCUUUGUGGCUCAGGGGUGUUGGAGGAGGUCUUGAGUCGCACGGAUGCUGUACAGGCUGUAUGAGUAGAUGCAAAGACCGAAUUCAUGGCUGUCCGUUUACUCCAAACACUUCUUUAACUGCAGCUCUGUGAGGAGUUGCUUCUGUAGUGAACUCCAGAUGUGCAAGUUCAUUCCAAUCAGCAGCUGGAGAAACAUGCGGGUCACAUCGACAGUAGCUGCAGUGCUCUGGAAGACGCAGCUGAGCGGAAAAACCAGCUCUGUCUGCUUGGAGAUCAGGCCCGGGCUUCUCCCGCCUCAGAUUUAUGUAAACAGCACGGUAACAAGCCAGAGGCAAUAAUCUUUUAGUGUGACUUGGUUUUAGUGAAAACAGAAAGUUGCUUCUUUUUUCAUAUAUUCACAAUAUCAAAGUGUAAAAAGAGACCAUUUAUCUCAAGAGUUGCCUUUGAAGUGACUAAAUUCAUUUUCUGAACCAUUUGUCGUUACCUCGUCUGUAUAUCCUCUGUGGGUUCUCAGCUGGAGUAAACUGUCUCCUUUAUUCAGCUUUUUUGGGCUAAAAUACUUCCUGUAGUUUGAAGGUUUUAUGUUCUCCUUGAAUGACUUCUUGAAAUAUUUUUGUUUUUGUUUUUAGGAGCAUUCAAAAAGCCCACUGAAACUGCAUAAGAUUAAAAAGAAAAAGCUAUAAAAUCCCCCCUAAAAGGUCAUUAGUCUAACUGUUUUAGACUUAACACACCUGCAUGAAUGUUUUGAUUUGUUUUUCCAUUAGGUGUAAAUUAGCACUUUAUUAAUUUGCAUUUCUUCUCUUUUGUGGCUUUUUGCUGCAUCUGUAUGUUUUAGCAUCGUUUUUUUUUUUAUUAUGCGAAUGAAUUUGGUUCCAAAGUUUAACAUUUUCCCCCCUCCCUGUUCUCACACUGCUCCUAAAGAUCUUACUUUCAGUAUAGAAUGCUGUAUAAUAUUUCAGGUUAAAAUACUACAAGGAGGCAGGCGUGUAUUUCGUAGAGUCUUGGAUGGUGCAUCACUUUAAAAUGGCUAUUAUUUUGAAAAUUAUCUGCAAGUCAGUUGAUCCAAAUGCUCAGCUGAACGAGGAAUGAACUGUGAGGAACUGUAAGCCAUAAUGAUGCCAAAUAUACUUUGUGAAAUGUUGGAAAGGUUACUGGACUGCAGUCGUUUCAGUGUUACUUCGCUUGUGAAAGCUGGAUUUUACUUCUAUAAACAUUUUGUCAGCAAUAUUGUUUCAAUAAUGUCAGUAGAGUUCUGUUUACCUCCAAGCUGUGGCAGUAUUUUAUACAAAUUUUUUGUUGCUAAUUUUACAGUGAUGAACCAUUCGAGUGAUAGAAAAUAAGAUUUACAAUCGUGGAAAAAAGAAAAAUAAAUGCGUGGUAAUCCUAACAAUCAUGGCAUACAAUCUGAAGAAUUAUAAAGUUUGAAUGCAAUUGGUGUUUAUAUAUGAAUAAAACUGAAAUGCGCCAA